GUGUGUGUGUGUGUGUGUGUGUGUGUGUGUCUCUCUGCUGGAGUCUUUGGGAGAUUGUCUGGAGGAAGGAAAAAGCCUGUACAUGCCACGACUGUACCUUACUUUUGAGUGUGUGCGUGUGCGUGUGUGUGUGCGUGUGCGUGUGCAUGUGCGUGUGCGUGUGUGUGUAGGAUCUGACGGCGAUUGGAAUAACUAAACCGGGCCACAGAAAGAAGAUGACGUCAGAGAUUAACAAACUGGGUGUCAAUGAUUGGCUGCCUGACCACAAACCUGCCAAUCUGGGCGAGUGGCUGUCUGCGAUCGGGCUGAGUCAGUACCACCAGGUGUUGGUUCAGAACGGCUACGAGAACAUCGAGUUCAUCACCGACAUCACCUGGGAGGACCUGCAGGAAAUAGGCAUCAUCAAACUGGGCCACCAGAAGAAGCUGAUGCUGGCUGUGAAGCGUCUCGCUGAAAUGCAGCGCGGAUCAGAUGGUCGGGGGAAGAAGCCUCCACCAAUCACACAGCAGCAGGAAGCGACGUUGAUAGACAGCCCGCCUCCAGACGGUGAGCUAACAGAUCAGAAAGAACUCAAUAGCCGCGUUCACACCGGA